AUGGACACUACAACUGAAUUUCUUACUGCUUUCUAUUCCCAGAAAUUUUCCUCGUUUGAAGAAUUUUAUAGUAAAUUGAAGGACUUCGAGAAGCAUUGCAACGCCUCGGCGGAAUCAAAGGUUAGAGCUUAUCACAAUAUUAAUAUUAUUGAUAUUAGGCACUCUAGAGGCUCAUGUGGGUCUAGAAUUAGCCUUUCAGCCAUGAGUGGUAAAUUAUGGAUCACGAAAUACCAUAUGAUUCAUAACCAUCCUCCUUUACCUGAAACUGCGAAGAUUGACCAAAGUGUUCGUAGACUCCAAGUGCAGGAGCCAGGCAAGGAUGAACUCGUUAUCAGUGAUGACGUGCAGUUAGUUCUGGAUGAUAUCGUUGACCAGCUACCUAAUCAUAAUGCGUCACUGGAAUCUAUGAGAGGCUCACCAAAUAAGUCCCAAUCUGCAUCCAGACCGGUGCUGGAGCGUAAAGCUGCCGCAAGGGAUCGUCUGGCUGCCAGAACAAAAAAGGCCCGUGGCUUGAAGUUAGCUCCCUGUCUUCGUCGCUUAGCUGAAUUGGCUUCAGCAGGAACUGGCCAAGAAUUCCACAAACAUCUUGACGAACUCGAAGCUCUCGUAGAUAUAUGGAAACGUGGCGACAAUUCAUCCUUAGUCUCGGGACACUCGGGAAGUUCUAGCAGUGUGCGCACCGAGUCCCACCCCGUAACUCCUUCUCCCACCGAUUCCCUUGCAAUCGCAAAAGCUGUCGAAAACCUUUUUCGAAAGCAAAAGGCUCUGGAAAGUUCAAAUGUUCUUACUCCUUUGAGCGCCAAGGGUCAAGUUCGCUCCCAGAACGACCCCCAAAUAUUGACUCCACUUGUUGCUGCCAAUACCGUGUCUGUUAUUCAAACUCCUACACAGCCGGUUGUUCUAAAGCAAGCUCUUGGCUCUCAGUCUGGUGCCUUUAUUAGCGGUUCAGGCGUCGUGACUGUCCCCUCUGGCGGUGUUGCCACCCUCUCAAAGGACGUAGUGUUAGCUGAUGCUGGUGGCGGUCAGCUGCAUCUAAUAAACAGCGCCUCAAUUGUUUCGUCAACUGGCCAAAAAAACGACAAUGGCGUGACCGAUGGACAGCACAUAUUAGGUUAUGUCAUUCAACCCAUGCCUGCACUUUCGUCUGGUGGACAAACGCUGCUCCCUUCUACAGCUGUGGUAGCGCCAACGAAUUUCGUUCCCAUUGCUCCCAAACUCCCAAUCAGCGAUUCGCCCGGUCAGGCAUUUCAGCCCAUCCCUCCACCACCUCCCAAAGCAGUGCGACCGCCAAUGCCAGUUUGCAAACCAAAAGUUGUGAAGCCCAGAGGGCGUCAACCGAAAGGGAAAUCACCACUGAGGGAAAGCCUGAUCGCACCAUGCGAUGGGCUCUCGGUGACACCAUUUGAGGAUGAUGACAGCGAGCCCAAACCUUGGACCCCAAUGAUUAUGGAAGGGGAUUCGUGUUCGUAUUUCCUGUUUGUCGAGGAUGCAAAUUACUACUAUUCGCCCGAGGAGGAUGCUUGGCUACCUGCCGAUCAACAAACCAUGGCGGUCGAUACGUAA